AUACGUGCUUUGGCGGUCGUGUGAGCGCGCGCGUUUACCUGUUGUGCUGCCUGUUGCGGUGUUCUCUCGGCUGGGCGCCUAUCUCUCUCCCGUCCCAUCUCGUCUCGGCUCGCGCGCGUGACUUUCGCGUUUCGCGCGUGCAGUGCAGUGGUGUUGGUCCGGCGGUGGAUCCGGCGCAGAUUCGUGCUUGUUAUUUCCCCCCGUUGUCCCCGUCGAGAGUGAGAUCGACGUGACUCGCGAUGUCCUCCUUCAAGGACGAUAAGGUGCCGUGCGCCCGGCUCUGCCACAUCGUCAAGUGGGACGAUUUCAACGGUUACGGCUUCAAUCUGCACGCGCAGAAGGGCAAGAACGGCCAGUUCAUCGGCAAGGUGGACGAGGGCUCGCCGAGCCAGGCGGCCGGUCUGCGUCAGGGCGAUCGAAUAAUCGAGGUUAACGAGAUCGACAUCGCGAACGAGACCCACAAUCAGGUGGUCGAGCGCAUCAAGGCGUUCGCCAACGAGACCAAGCUGCUGGUGGUCGACCAGGAGGCCGACGAUUACUUCAGGGAUAACAACAUCGUUAUCAAGGGCACCAUGUCGAACAUCAAGGUGAUCAAGACGCCGGAGAGGAAUCCCAACAGCGUGGAGGACCGUUCCGACGGCAGCUCUGUAGACGAGAACACGCAAAAGUCUAUCGGCUCCAACGACACGGCGCACAGCGGCAGUACGACCGUUGCGCAAAUGAUGACCGGCGGCAAAGAGUCCAACAUGCGGGAAAACGGCAACGGUGACGUGAACCACGUGCACGGCACGGGUAACGGCAGCCUGGGCGUCGGGGAUGGUGCCUCGAACAACAGUGAGCCCAAAUCUCAGGGUCUGAAUCUGACGAUGAGUGCGAAGGAGCUCAGAGAGAUGCUGGCGCAGCGCAAAAAAUACGACCCGAAGAAAGAGACGAUCGGCUUCAAGGACAAAUUCGAUAUCGUGCAGAAACUGUAGACGCAUCCUCGUGCCUCUCCUACAACAUGUCGGUAACCCUUUCAUUCCUUUAUUCCUUUUUUUUUCUUCCUGCUAUCCCGUCGUCACCGCCGCCGUCGUCGAGCGGUGACGAUGGUUUCUUUCCUACGAUGCGAUGCAUUUUUGUUGUAAACGAUCAAAUUGUUGUCGUUGUAAUAAAUACACGAUUGAAACUAUCGUGGACGUUAAGCAUUGACAUCGAUAUCGUAUAAACACACAUUACAUUUAUCCGCAGCGGGAGGAUACUGCGGAGAGUAUUAGGAUAACGAAAGGAGAUACUGCUGUUUGUAUAAGUACAUUGUUAAUUUUUAGUUUACACAGAAGGCGAACUUACAUGUGCAAUUUUUGUCGCUUCCGCGCCGGAAGUUACGACAGACUUCGAGUCACCGGUCUUUAUCAACAUUUAAUGUAGAACUAUGAAAUACGAAGAGAGUUUUUCAUUUUUAAAGAAAAUGUGCAUUUACCACUUUUAUUUCAGGUUAAUAAUCUUUUAAAUUGUUAACAUAGUAACACAAAAAUAUCUUCCGUUUUCUUCUUGAAGUAGAAUAAUUCAGUCCCAAGGAUGUUCCUGUUAUAAUUAAUUACAGCGCUUCCCGAUCAGUGAAUAAUUAAAUCUCAUACCUUCAACUCGAUUAUCCACGGUGUCGUCAUAUUAAUUUCUAAGCAUCUCGUCUUGUCCGUUAAAUUCGGGAGAACCGUUCGCCGCUUCUUCCCACGACUUUCUCCGGCGAGAAUUGAUCGCCGUCUCCUGAUGUAGUAAUCGUCUCGAACGUUACGUCGAUCAUGCGAAUUCUUCGCUGGCUGAAGACGCUAGCUGGUUUCUAAUUUCCAAUCGCGCAAAUGACAAGUAAUUUCUGAUAAAUAUUUCCUUGAUGUAUAUUGACAAAUUGGAAAUUUACCUCGAUGUUAUCUUAUGACAUUUUAUUGACCAACGGACCAAAUGUCCAAUUAAUUACGGAGCGUAUUCAAUAAAUCAUAGGGAGUCAACUUGGUGUUUGAAAAAAGAAACAAAAAAACGUGGAGUUAUAACAAACAUACAAUUAUUCGAAAAGCAUUCCAGACAUUAUAACACCUGUCUUUCAUUUCGCGAAUGCUAAUCAAGUUCGACUUACCGUUCGAUUUAUUGCAGCCGCUCUCGGUUAAGGCUGUGUAAUGGGGAUUAACACGGUUGCCAGAACGACAGCGUUUGAUGUCGACACACGGGGGGAAUUCGACGCGCGCGGAAUCUUUCGAUAAUCGUGCGCGAAGCGUAAAUAAUGUCCGCGCGUGAGUCGGCCAUUGCAAAACGCGCGGAUGUCAAUCUCGACGUUGCAUUUGGGGAUUCCUAGUUUCGGUUCGGUAGUCUCGACAUGGCGGCUGUAAGGACUCGCGUGCAAGGACGGACGUUCCUCGCGUGCGCGCAACUGCAACGGGUCUAUGAAGUCAGUCAGUCGCCCGUCGUGCGGUCCAAGGACGAGCGUGAUCUGAGGGAGAAAGUAUAGCCAGACGUCGGACGAGUCUCGGUUAAUCUCCGUUAUCGAAUUCAGGACGCGAGCCGUUUUUUUUUACCUCGCGUUGUUGCAACAUCGGGCGGAUCGACUCACAGGAAUUGAACAUCCGUGAAUUUUACAAGUUACGAUGCAUCGUAUCUCGUGUUUUCGUUCAUACUCGAUCCGGUACUUAACCCAGUUAAUUGAAGCAUUAAGAUUAAUGCGGGCAUAACAAUGGCACUUGCAUUAACUUUCUCAUUACAAUAAAUAAUUGAAUUGGUUAAACAAUUCAAUGUGAUAGUUGUUAUCUAAAUAAUAUUGAUAAUUCGACGUAUAGUACAGUUAACUAGUAUCAGUUAGUUGCAAAGGGCCCUAAAUUUUCUCUUUAAUCUUUCUUCUGAAACACAUAUCUCACACUUGAUUAUUUUUAAUGCUCCAAUAAGAUAAUAUUGAACAAUGUGAUUUUUAUUCGUGACAUGAUUUUGAUUUCAAAAAGGGUAAUAAGAGAUAAUAGUCCAAUCUUCUAAUCGCGUAUUUUUCGAUAAGAAACGGUAUCAUACUUGAUAAAUGUAUGGCGUUAGUGACUAAUCGAACUAGGUCAACUUUACUAUAGUUACGAUUUAAUUGCCAGCUUAACGACUUAGUUAUCUCGUGUGAUAGGAUGUGAAUAUUGUCUUGUGAUUAGUGCAAUGAUGUCGCAUGUCUUAUCGAUAUAUUUAUUAAUCGUCAGGACGUUUUGCUAGAUUUUUAAUGAUUUUAUUAUUGGAAUUUUUGAAAAAAAAAAUUGAGACUUUGAACACAAUAUAAAAAAGGGGGAUAAAGCAAAAAUUAAAUAGAUUAACUUUUUAGUACAGCAUAUGAUUUGUUUCCAGCCACGUGAGUCUCAUGUUUCUAAGUAUCAUUCCUUGUUUCCGCAUUUUGUUUUCUUUAUUUACAAGUUUUUGGUUAACGCGACUGCCGUUUAUUGUCACGUGUACUUAUCGUGGAAGAAUCCGUGUCACCAGUUAAAUGCAUUUUUUACCUACGCCACGCGCAAUACGAUAGGAUAAAAAAUUCUAGCAAAGAAAAAAAAAUUGGGAAAACUUAAGGGCAAUAAAUAUAAGAAAAAUAGAGUAAUUCGAUAGUGAUCUUCAUGUUUACAUGAUAUAUUACCAAGUGCCUAUUAAACUUAAUGUAAAAUUAGUAUCACAAAAAAAAUUUGCUGCGUCCAUAACGGAAACAUAUUUAGAAAUAAACACGUUUCUCGAAAUAUCGCUUCGCUCGAUUUGUGUGUACGCGCAAAAUGCCCAUUCUGAACGGAACGAAAUCAAUUAAACACAUGUGAUUUUCUCUCGGGGCGAAUAUUAUCACAGCUACGAUAACAGUCGCUCAACAAAUAGGUGCGGGGCGUUCUGAAUUUACAAUUCGCGUCCGUGACUCGCGUUCGAUAAACCGACUCGUUGGUUGCAAAGGCGUUGCAUAAUCGGUGGAGUAAAGAAUGUCGCGUUACAAUGGCAACGAGACAGAGAGAAGUCGCCUUUCGGGAUUCGCCACCUUCGCCUUACACCUCGGCACUUCUCGCGGCGAGGCUUGCGGAAAAGUUGGGUACAUAACUCGGGGAAUCUCGUCGCUAAAUAUUACGACGACACGUUGCGCAACCUUCAAUUAUCGCCGUCGUUGUCGUCGUCGUUAUGCAUUCACCUGUUGAGAGCGCGCAGGCAUUGCGUUUCACGUUUCGAGAUGUACAUACAAAAUUGCACAUAGAUUGUGCCUUCUUUGCAUAAAUAUACAUACAGUCGAAGGAAGCUUAGCUAAAUCUGUCGGAUUAAUUCUAACGUCUAAGUUUUUAAAUUUGAUUUGAUUGAAAUGCACAAGCUCGUUACAGAGAAGUGUUAGAAGUCACCUAAUUACGAUAGAUUUUUAUUUUUGUUGUGUGUUUAAGGUUUCAUUAUUUUUCUCUUCCACAAUUUUGCACAUUAUAACCUUCAGAAAUGUUUAUAACGUCAAAAUACACUGAGCAAAAAAUGUUGUUAAUUUGACUAAAUUUUUUAACUAAUUAAAUUUUUUCAGUUAAAGUAUUUUAUUCAUUUAAUUUAAUACAUAAAAUUUAACUUAAAUACUUUAAUUGAAGUAUUUAUAUAUUUGACUGAAAUACAAUAAAAUAAAUUGAAAAAAUUUAAUCAAGUUGAAAAAUUUCGUCAAAUUAACACCUUUUUUCUCAGUGUAUUGUAAUGUAUUAAUUGUUCUCAAUUUGUCAUUGCUUAUUUCCAAGUUAUUAAUCACAUUUAAAAUUUUGCCCAUGUUUCUUUGCAAAUUUGUUGCAUCAUUCAUAUUGUACAUUAUCAAAUGUUUUCUGUUAAAAUUGAUACUUCGCUUGCCAAUAGCUAUCAUUAAAUCGUGAAUUUAUUCUCCGGAUGAACGAUUCGGUUAGAGAACGGGUUUUUCAACAGAUCAUUUAUUAUGAAAAUGACAUAAAUUUUAAUAAUUUGUUUUGCAAUUUUAGCAUACACAGCUCUAGCAGCAUUAGGAUUAAUUAAUUUAUUUUUUAUUUAGGAAGCCUCAAGUAUUUUUUCGAGAUUUUUUGUUUUUUUUGCGUUUUCCUUCAUAUGCUAAAGGCGAGCAACUUCGACUAAUAACGUUAAAACCACGUGUACGCAUGUACCUGUUAUAUUCUGUGCUAAUUACAUCUGGUGUGCGUAGACCGUUAUGUCAUUCAGCGACUUGCUCGAGUGAAAGUAUAAUAACGAGACACCCGACUGUGCGGAGAGUUUGGUGAACGAAAUACCGCAAUUUGUACGCAUACCGCAAUAUAUUCUUGCAGUAAAAAAGCGUUGCGAUAAUGUAAAGUAAGUGGUAAAUAUUUUGUCAUCAGAAAGAAUUUAGUCUUGCGAGAUCUUAUGAUUGACUUUAACAAUUGCAAUUGAAGAUGGGUGCAACUCCCGAGUGACUCGAUGUUAGGUUUUAAAGAAAGAAGUGAUUAAAGUCGAUUUUGAGUUUUAUGGCAGUAUGUUUUGCUUUGAACAAUUUAAACAACGUAAAAAUUAAACAAAAAGGAGACUGGAUGGCUCGUAAAGGAGAUCGAUUGUUUAUAAAAGUACUGGAGAUUUUUGUUGCUUUGCGCAUACAACUAAAUUUACAAGUUAAAUUUAAGAAUGAAAUAUAUUGAUUAGGUAUGCGAUUAGUAACGUGCGAGUGGCUUGAAGAGGAUACUUUUCGAUAAUCAAUUUCUUUGUACGAGCAUACGAUAUUUCUAUUUUGUUUCAGAUGGACGUAGAGAAAACCAGUUUAAUGUUUUAACUAUACCGAUGCGAAUGUUCUGAAGCGAGAAAUGCGACAGGGAAAAAGAAUUUACAUUUCAAACGAAUUUUAUUCUAAUGGUAUUUUACAAGGCUCUAUGUGUACUUAAAAUUUUUAAGUGUCAUAUAAUUUAUUUGAUAAUUUAAAUAAUAUUGCGUUUAUUUCGCGAGCGGCAUAGAGCCAGUAUUAAUGAAAAUUAAAUUUAAAAAGAAGAACCACUUUAAAAGCUAGUUGAAAAAUUAUUCCAGAUGAGUUAUGGUCCAAUAAAUUAUUUUCAGCAGAAUUUCUGAAACUGUUAAUUAAGCUGUUCACAAAAUAGACGAUUCGUGUUUAAAAUUACGCUUAGGAUCAGCAGGAAAAUGAAUAGUCGCUAAUAUGACAUUUAGGAGCCAAGGUUUCGAAUAAUAUUGUGAAUUUUCAUUCGUCGGUUUAAAGUGCGAUAAACGCGAUCUAUGGAUCCUCUUCCUUUCUUUUCUUUAACAUUCUUGUUUUUAAGAUCUCUUCUUGUUUCGUAGGAUCUUGAGAAACUAAUUAUACCGGCUCCUGUACAUAUUAGAUUCUCAUACAUCAGGGCAGGUGCAACGAUCAGAUGCAGGGAGAGUGGCUAACGAGAGUUGUCUGCGCAAACAAAUCUUUCGUGCAAUAAGAUUCACUUGCUGUAAUUAUCGGCAUGAAACAUACGUGCUCUUUCAUGAUAGAAGUGUACAAGUUGCUUCUUGAUGGUGCAACCUUUAAAAGUGAAUAUUCAUUAAAAAAUGUUUAUGGAUAAACUCUAUCAUAUUAACGAGUUCGUUGGAUUUAGAUACGCAGUUAAAUUUUAAAAAUAUUCAUAUUAUUGACUUCAUAUCAAUAUGAAUUUGUGUCGAAUAUCUUAUCUUAUCCAUAUCGGAUAUUCAAUGCAUAAUAUAAUAUUAUUUUUACCAGAUGUGCUCGACAGAAACAAGGGUUUUCCAACUUUGCAAUCAUUUUUCGACAACAAUUUUAAUCGACACGUAGAUCCUGUAUGUAAUCGUUGCACAGAAUCUUGCAAUGUAUAUAACUAUGCUCACGUAUACAUACGCACAUGUUAAAUAAGAGCUAAGUUACACAUGUUACGAUCUUCGCACAUUAUGUCCAAUGUUAUUAUAUAAGCAUUUAAUUAUAAGCAUUAUGUUUGACAAUAAGGUUAGUUAUAAAAUUAUAUGUAUUUAUGUACAUGUGAAUGGGUA